AUGGCUCAAUUUGCCAUGAGAUCUCUCCGGGGCCAGAUGGCCAGGGAGCUGAAUCCUAAAGCUGCUUUGAUGGCAAGUCACCUCAUACACAGCGCCAAGGACAUUUUUACUCGUGGUCUCACAGACUUGCCAGACGAUAUGCUACGUGAAGGUGCAAUGGCACAGUAUGCCACUUGCGAGCUAGCUAAACAUGAGGUUGCUACAGCAACUUGGGCAGUUGAAGAAAAUAGCCGCUGGAGACACUUCCUUGAGUGUUCACUUGAGCACUUGAAGACACAACAUCAUUACUCCCAGGCAGAUCUUGAGAUGUGGCAACAGGUGUGCACUGCUCGUGGGUUGAAAGAUCUUCAUGAAGAUAUCGCCUUCCAUGAGUAUACAGCUACUCAAAAUACUCUGACAUUGGCAUUCCUCCAAGAGCAAGCUCAUCAAUUGAAGGAAUAUGUUGAGGAACGCGGGAUCGAUGAAGAGGUCUUGGAUGGCAGUGACUACGUACCAAGCGAAUGUGGCAGUCCUACAGUUUACGUGUUUUUUGUUCUAUUUGACCAUGUGCUGAUCACAAUACAUUUGCGCCGGCAUGCUAUUGAAACCACAACGAAAAAACCCCAAAACACCAGGGAAUUGCGGAAACCCGCAAAAGGAAGCAACGAAAAUCCAUGUUUGAAUCCUGACGACAGUCAGGUGGGACGCGCGACAGAACAAACAGAACACUGGGAACACGAUACAUUACUGAUCAUGCAAGAUGAAGAGCUUUUGUACUCGGACAACACCAGUGACUCAGAAUCGGAACACAGGCAGCCCCAAGACGUCCACCACCACCAGCACCCACACUACCAGCAUCCACCUCUGCUCCCACAGCAUGAGCAGAUGCGCCACGUAUCUUCCCAACAACAUAUGUCUCCUGCACAGCCUCAUUUCCAGUACCACGAGCCUCAAACACUCCAAGCCCCAUUCCAUCUACGUCCUGAUCCUGUCCCGCAGCUCCAGCUCCAGCAGAACAGUAGGACACACCAGCAGUAUCCAGGGCAGGGCAGAGCCUUCAAAUGCGAAGAGCCCCCAGACCGUAUAUCCCACACCCCAUUCCAGCAACAUCCGGCUCCUGACCCCCAGUUCCAGUACCAGCAGUAUCCAGGGCAGGGCAGAGCCUUUGAAUGCGAAGAGCCCCAAGACCGGAUAUCCCACACCCCAUUCCAGCAACAUCCGGCUCCUGACCCCCAGUUCCAGCACCAGCAGUAUCCAGGGCAGGGCGGAGCCUUUGAACGCGAAGAGCCCCAAGACCGGAUAUCUCACACCCCAUUCCAGCAACAUCCGGCUCCUGACCCCCAGUUCCAGCACCUGCAGUAUCCAGGGCAGGGCAGAGCCUUUGAACGCGAAGAGCCCUCAGACUGGAUAUCCCACACUGCAUUCCAACAACACUCUGAUACUGCCCCACAGCACCGGCACCAGCACCAGCAGCACCCUGAGCAGGGUAGACUCUUCGUCGAUAUCAACACGCCACUUCCUCCCACUGUGCGUGGGCUACGCAAAGUGACAGUCUUUGGGCCCCAUCGUCAGGGUGAACAUUACCAGUGGCCAGUGGCAAAAUACGGGGGUGGUCCAUACAAUCAGGCUGGAAGUAGCAAGGAUGUCGCUCCAAAAUGUCCCAUGGCAAAAGACCUGCCCUCACUACCUUUGCCUCCUCAGAACACUUCAGUUGCUGGUUCAACAGCGCCACAUUCCUCUCCCACUCACAGUUCGGAUACUGUUCCUGUCCCCCAUCAGCAGCAACACCCCAUUCCCGUACCAGCCGAUCAUGUAGAGGAGAUUCACGCCAGAGCGAGGUCAAAAAUGCGAUGCGCAGUACUGACAUUGAAUGGGAUGCCGUCAAACAACGAGAACACCAAAAUGGCGCAUGAUGCGAUAUCGCAAGCCAUCACAAGCCAUGCGGGUAUUCCCCCAGGCAAAUAUUAUCUUCCUGAGCAGGAGAAGUUCGUUGCUUCACUCACCAAGAUCACCAACACCAUUCGCACUACAUUCAAACAAGUUGCAUGUGUAAUCAUGCAACACAAAUAUCAUCUCAAGCUUGAUGUUCGUGAUCCAUCAUCAGAGAUCACACACAAGCUACAAACAGUGCCUGCGCUCCUCUCACAUCUACAAUGUUUGUUCAAAAUGGAACAAAUGACAAUCGACGGUACUUUACAAUCUGUCGCUGUACUCGAGCAUGAGGCACUUGUUUUGAUUGUCAUGGAGGUCUUGUGGACCAACGGGUUCUACAAAGAUAUCGAUUUCAAAGAUCCUCAAGCGCUCAAUGGAGUCAUCGCUCUCGGCGGUGCGGCACUGUGCUCAGCAAUCAAGGAGUACGAGACCAGGGUAUUGAAAUGCAUUGACUUUUCUACAGCAAAGUUGGGGGACUCCUAUCGCAGCAUCCGCAGAUAUAUUUCAAGCAAAAUUUACUCUCGCCCUGAGCUUGCAGCGCAUUUCAAGACACUGAAGACCAGGAUGAGGGAACGCGGAGAGGAGAGGUUAGGGUUGUGA